UAAACAACAAUGGCGACCGUCAGCUGACGUAGAGGGGCUUGGUCGACAAGUUGCUCAACUCAAGUAUUUUAAAUGGAACAUUACAUAACAGUUAGUGGUGUUACAAGUAAAAAUGUCUUCUGAAAGUGACACAGAGGAAUUUUUCGACGCGUGUGACACCACACCAAACCGGCAGUCAGUGAGAUCAGAGGAAGGAGCAGCUGCAGAGACUAUUUCAAAAGAUCAUCAAUGGGUACCGCCAGAACAUACAGCAGCACUGGGAAACUUGACUAUUGGUCAAGAUUUGCUCCAGUCUGUAGAAAAAAAUUUAAUUCAACCAAAUCAGCCGUCAACUCUUAUGCAGCCACCGUCCCAGCCCUUCCUUCACCCACUGAAAAGUUUUCAGUCUUCAAAGGAUUUAAUAUCAUCAGAACAACAGAAGAUUGAAGUCACACAUGUUGGUUUGGAAAAAGAAGAAAGUCUGAGCCUAGGUGGUCUAAGUAUUGGAAAACGUGAUGUGGAGGAGACAAGCAGUACCUGGAGUGGCUCACUUUUAGGGAACUUAGCUGAUGAUGAUGAUGAGGAGGAAGGACCUCCAAGAGCUCCUUCGGGUGGUAGACGACGCUUGAGGCACCAAGAGGUACGAAGGCAAAUUCAAAAGGAAGAUGAUGACCCUCCAUUCCCUCCUUCACCUGUUGGAAGUCAAUCAUCCUCAGUUGAUGCAGUUUACCCUACAGGCAGGACUUCUCAUCCUUUCAGGGUUGUUGAACACGAUUCUCUUAGUGUUUACAGCUCAGUCUCACUAGGAAAGGUGGGCAAGAUAUUAGCUGGAAUGGAAGCCCUAACCAUACGUGAGGGUCAGUUAAGUCAAGAUACUAGUUCUCCAGCUGAGAAUAAAUCUAUUGAAUCUUCUCAGUCAGACCCUUCAAAAGAUGUAAUAUCAUCUGGCAACAUAAUUCAUACAGCAGGUGAGAUUGCUGGAAUGACAAUGUCCCCAGAGCCUGACCUGGUGGCUAGCACAAAAAGCAGUUCAGGGAGUGACAAGUCAAAUAGCCUGCCCCGGACAGCGCAAGAACCUUCAGCUCCCGGCCUACCAUCAAUAGAUAUCUCCUCUCAACCACCACAGUUAUCUGUUUGUGAAGCCUUCCCUGUCAAUCAUCUGCCUCAGUCAGAAACUCACAAGGAUGACCAGCCUCCUGAACCCCCCCCAACGGUACCCUCAACAGCAUCAACACCAUCCCCUGCUUCUAAUGCCCUUCCUUCUGAUAUAAAUUGUCAGACUAGUGCUGGUAAUAGUUCACCAAGUGUGGGUCAUAUUCAGACUAUAGCUCCUCGAACUGUUCCCUUUGCUGUCUAUGUCCCACCUGUUGUUGCUCAGGCUCCGCCCCAGGUCCCACCGGGUCCACCUACGACUAGUUCAGCAUGUAUAGUUCCAGUAGCUCCACCUAGAAGAAGACGAAGGAAUAGACUGAAUACUGAUGAUGACACUGCAAGUUUAGCGAGCGUGUCUUCAUUACCUUCCCCUGCCCUCACUCUCUCAUCUGUUGAUGCCAUUAGUAUUGGUCAGUCUUUAGAUAUACGUCAGGCCGUCCGUGGAGACUAUCUUGUUAAGCCGCAGGAUUCAGAAAAUGCCAAAGCAGUGGGUCCAAGUGCUGAGGAAAUUGCUAGGUUAGAAGCUGAAGACACCACAAGCCAAGCUUCAACUCCUGAAGUAUCCCGUGCCCCAAGUCGUCUAGCAAACUCCAGCCACCAGCCACCAUCAGCAGGGGGAACUCCCAGCACACCCGGCACACCUGGGUCCAUUCCAUCAGAUACUCCAACAUCAGAUGCUGCGGCUAGUCCUGCUUCAAGUAGUGAGGGGCAGAUGAAACAGCUAAACUUAAUGGUGCGAACACGAUCAGACUCCGGCAAAGAACUCUCUGAUGCUGAAUGGUUUUUGCAGUCCCCCGUUGACUUUGAUGCCUUCAUGAGUGACAAAGAAAUCCUGAAGCAAGUGACAGUGCUCAACCUUGAUACUGGGGAGAGAAUUCCCCUCAGUGAUGCAGAGAAUUGCCUGCCACAGGCCCUCAACCCCUUGUCUCUUCAUAUCAUGAGAUUAACUAGUGAAUAUGUCAGUAAAGCGCAGAUAUCCACGGGAAGAACGAUUACAGUGCCUGACAGGUGGCUCCAAGCAAUCAGUCGCAGCAGCUCAUGUAACUCAAAUGUUGAUGGGCAAGAAUCAGAUGAAGAGAGUGUUGUGGAUGUGAACCUCAAGAAGCUACCAGAGAUAGACAGCUCAGCGGUUAAGAAGAAAACAUCACAGCUAAAGAAAUUCUUGGGACGAAAGAUGGAGUCUGCAGUGAACAAAGCUCGCUCAUUAGCUCAUGAAGUCUCUCAUAGACACCGGGAAGAGAAAGAUGUAUUUGAGGAUGAUGCACCGACACAUGACACCAUGCAUUAUGUCAAGAUCAAGACUGCCCACAGCCACAAAGGACCACUAGAAUUUGACAAUCUCAUGUAUGUCCAGGAAAUAGCAGGAGAACACACAGGACCAAUUUGGUGCAUGAAGUUUAGUGGUUGUGGCCGCUUAUUGGCUACUGCUGGACAAGACCAUGUAUUGCGGGUUUGGGUCCUCAAACAGGCCUUCAACUACUUUCUUGAUAUACGCACAAAAUGUAAUGCUGAUAUCAAGGUAUCACCGACACCAUCUCAAGAAUCACUUAUGUCCCAGCACUCGGGACAAUCAGGAGAAGACCCUGGCUCCUUGGACCCAAAUGAUGAUGGCAGUGCACCUUUCAUGCCCAAGCCAUUCUGUGUUUACACUGGACACUCAGCAGACAUGCUUGAUAUAUCUUGGUCUAAGAAUUACUUCUUAUUAACAUCAUCUAUGGACAAAACAGUACGUCUUUGGCACAUUAGUCGCAAGGAAUGCCUGUGUAUAUUCCAGCACAUGGACUUUGUCACUGCUAUUGCUUUCCAUCCAAAGGAUGACCGCUACUUCAUAUCUGGAGCACUUGAUGGAAAACUGCGGCUAUGGAGCAUCCCAGAUAAGAGAGUCGUUUUGUGGAAUGAAGUGGGAGGUCAGCCGAACCUUAUUACUGCAGCAAACUUUUGCCAAAAUGGAAAAUUUACUGUAGUGGGAACAUAUGAUGGCAGAUGUAUCUUCUAUGAAACAGAGCAGCUUAAGUACUACACACAGAUCUAUGUGAGGUCCACAAGAGGAAAGAAUGCAAAAGGCAGAAAAAUUACUGGCAUUGAACCCCUUCCUGGUGAAGAUAAGGUUUUAAUUACCAGUAAUGACAGCAGAAUACGACUUUAUGACUUACGAGAUCUGAAUCUUUCGUGCAAGUACAAGGGCUAUUCAAACAUGUCUAGUCAAAUUAGGGCAGGUUUCAGUCACGAUGGAAAAUAUAUUGUUGCUGGGAGUGAGAAUCAGUGUAUAUAUAUUUGGAAAACUCAUCAUGACUACUCAAAGUUCUCCUCAGCACGAAGAGACAGGAACUUAUAUUGGGAAGGAGUAAAAGCUCACAGUGCUGUUGUGACAUGUGCAGUGUUUGCUCCUCAUCCUGAGUUGGUCUUUAGCUUUAUUGAACAACAACAAGAGAUUCUCAAUAAAUCUGGUGAACAACAACAAGAGCAACAACACCAGCAUCAACAGCAGCAAAACCAAAACAAAGACAGUGGUACAACUAAUAAAGGAUAUGCACUUGUCUCUGCUGACUUCAAUGGAUGCAUCAAAGUGUUCUUGAAGAAAGAGAAACCCAAGCAUUCUUCACUGCCAGCAUCAGCUAUGGUGUAGUAGUAGUGCAGUGUAGGCAUAGCAUGCUAUCAUUCCUUAAAGUAAAGUAAUUGAACAUUAUCUUCAUCAUCCAGUCAAUUGUGAACUGAUAGAAAUCAGCCUGACUAAGGCGUGGGGGGCAUGCAAAAUGUAUGAUUCAUUCAGCUAUCAAAACACAAAAGCUGGUGUGGGAGUAUAUAUAUAUAUAUACGUAUGUAUAUAUAUACGUAUGUAUAUAUAUAUAUGUAUAUAUAUAUAUAUAUGUAUAUAUAUAUAUAUGUAUAUAUAUAUAUGUAUAUAUAUAUAUAUAUAUAUAUAUAUAUAUAUAUUGGUAAUGAAGUAAGUGAUCUGAAUUUUGUACUCAAGUGGAGUAAACCUCUGAUACUUGUUGAUCAAGGAGAUAUAGACUAGCUUGUCAAAUGACUUCAUUAAGAUUUAUCAUUCUCAUUUAUGCACUCAUGUCUUAUGUAAAUUGUCAAAUAGAAAAUUAUAUUUUCUAUCCCUCAUAAUUUUGAUAUGGCAAAGCAUAUUUAGUGACUUCUAUCUUUUUUAUUUUCCUUCAAUGAACACCAUAAAAUGACAGCAAAUUAUGAAUUUAGCAGCUACAUUUGAUUAUUAUUUGAAAAUAAGUGUUUGUACAGUAUUUGUUGAUGUUAAGCUUAUUCUUUUGUUAUUGUGAUUUACCUCAAAAUCAAGAAAAUUUUAAACUGAUGCAACUAUUGUAUAUGCUGAUGCUUAUAAAGUCAUUUGCCAUCACAUAUCAAUACUCAACAUUUUAUUAUAGUCA